GGCAAUCGCUGCCCAUCCCAGCCACACCUCCCCGCCCCAACUCGCCUCGGGGAGCCGGGGAAGGAGGAGCCGGGGGAGGAGGGCGCCAGCCGCCGCCGUGGUAGCAGCAGCAGUGGCAGCGGCAGCAGCAGUAGCAGCAGCGACCCCCUCCAUCGUGGGCGAAGAUCGUCGCGCCAAGAGGCGGCUACCCCGCCCGGCAUGCCGGCCGCCACGCCAGCAGACGACAGCCGGCAGCGUCGCUCUCCGCUCGGAGCCAGCGAAACCCGCUAACGCGACGACAGAGGAGGAGGAGGACGAGGAGGAGGAGAAAGUAUAAACGAAUAAAGGCGUAAGGCAAGGAAAGGGAGGGGGGUGGUGGUCGUUAAGUGCGAGAGAAAGCGGCGAGAGACAAAGCGGCGAGAGGCAGAGGCGGGGGUGAAGUUGAGGAGGCGACAUUCCGAUCCAGCCUCGGGGCCCCGCGCGCCGCGGCUCCGAGAGGCCCUCGUCGGCUGCCGUGAGUGAGAUCGUCUCCUCGUCUCCCUGCGCUCGGUACACGCUUGUGAGCUGGUGUUAAAAUGAGCUGGAGUUUUUUAACUCGUUUGUUGGAGGAAAUACAUCAGCACUCGACGUACCUGGGAAAACUCUGGUUCACCACGUUCUUAAUUUUCCGCAUCGUGCUGACAGCCGUCGGUGGCGAGUCAAUCUACUACGAUGAACAGAGCAAGUUUGUGUGCAACACGCAACAACCGGGAUGCGAAAAUGUCUGCUAUGAUUCCUUCGCUCCUCUCUCCCACGUGCGUUUCUGGAUCUUUCAAAUUAUUGUCGUGGCAACACCGAGCAUUCUCUACCUUGGCUUCGCCAUACACAGGAUACGAAGGUCAGAAGACUCGCCUGCCUACAAAAAACUGAGACGGACUCCACUGAUGCAUCGUGGGCCAGACCGUGAGGCUGAGGAAGCUGAAAAUGACCAAGAGGAGGAUCCGAUUUUGCAUGAAGAAGAGGAGUUUGAUCACAAGACCAGCAGUGAGGACGAAGACAAGAAAAAGGAUAAUAAACGGCACGAUGGGCGUCGCAUGAUCAGGGUUGAUGGCCUCAUGAAGGCUUACGUCUUGCAGCUUAUUUUACGCACAAUGGCCGAGGUAGGCUUCCUCAUUGGCCAGUACGUGAUGUAUGGCCUGGAGGUGAUCCCUCGCUUUGAGUGCACUCGUUAUCCGUGCCCCCACCGCGUUGACUGCUUCAUCUCGAGGCCCACGGAGAAGACCAUCUUCUUGUACGUGAUGUACGCCAUGGCCGGGCUCAGCCUGGUGCUCGACGUGGCGGAAAUGUGGCACCUGGGGAUGGGUGCCCUCGGCGACGCACUGCGAGGCCGUCAAACGAAGCAUGAUCAACGGAACGUGGAGUAUCACCAUAGGGAAGAACAACUCAAGGUGUUGCCGUCUUAUGGCAGCUAUGAAGACUAUCGUCCAGAAAACGUUCCUUCUGCACCGCCACACUAUAACUGCAUGCCAAAGCCCGCGGGCCAGUUUCCGCAAAGGAUUGCGAACGGCAAGCCGCCGCAGAUGCAGACUUCAAAUGCCAUCGAGAUCGAUAAAGCCCCGGGGAUAGAUCUAUCGCGGCUGCAGGACGACCUGCGCGUGAUGCAGCAGCGGCUGGAGCUGAUGUCCCGUGUCGGGGCCGCGCAGGAGAACAGCAGAGUGGAGACUCCGGCCUCCGACUCGGUGGUGACGGAGCAAAAUCGCGCAAACACAGCUCACGAGAAACAUCACCACAGAGCGGCGGAAGAGUUCAAAACCGGGUCUGAGAAGGGAAGCACGAUUAGUUCGAAGAGUAAUCCACCCAUUUCAGUUUAGUUUCAAUUUUGUUAUGAAACCAAAAAAAACGUGUGUCAUCUCUUGGGUGUUUAGUUGAUGUACAUUUCACUGAAUGCUGCCGAUUGGUACAGCAUUAGAGUAAGUAAAAGGUGCUUGGCAGACUUAAUGAAAUUCCAUGUCCUGCAAAUAUUGUCAUCUUCUAAAGAUAAACAUUAGUCGUCUUAAUUAUUAUUGAGUUUACCUUAAGCGGAACAAGAAAAAUCCACUCGCAUGGCAUUUGUGCCUUUUGACACCAUUUAUAGUUAUAACAGAGAAGUUUGAGUUUAAAUAAUAUUUAUAGUUACUUUCUUGAGUUUAGUUAAUGAUACAUUCUUCAAUGAGAUACGAAUCUAACCCAGUGUGACAAUGUAAACACUAUUGAUGUUUUAAUUUGUGUUGUUUAAAACCAUAUGUAGAAAUGGUGAGCAUGUGAACAUUUCAUUUAUUUUACCAGGAUUCAACUGAUGCACAGUGCCAGUAACAAAACCUAUCAAUGAGUACAUGUUUAGUUACUUAAUUGCUCUUAGAAUAUUCAUGGUAUACAUUUUAUUUAUUGCAUUUUUUCGUAGAAUUUGUUUAGUAUUUAAUGGUAAUAAUAAAACUUCACCUGCUUUAAUAGUAGGACUAACAUCCUCCCCCCUCCAAAGAAAUGCCAUGCACAAUCCCUGCAGACGUUUCUGGCACAAGACAUAGGAUUUAUGUAAUUUUAACCUUGCCAAUUUCGAGCCGUGUUGUAUCAGAUUAUUUCUGCUUUCUCGUAAAUAGUGAAUGAAAAUGUGAAUAUCCAUAUUGGCACAUAUAAGGUUGUGCCUCGGCUAAGCAUAAGGAGAAACAUUUCAAUACCAGAUGAAUUUAUUUAUAACAAUUUCCCUCCUAGAACAUCCUAUAGCUUGUAAGCCUCAUAAAAUGGAGAAAUUGUUGAGUGGUAUCGCUAAAAUAGGCCUUACUAGUGGUUUGGAGAUAAUGUUCUCUUGGAGAUGCAUUUGCCAAACUUGAUUGGUGAACAAGGUGAAAGUCAUGAUUAAUUUUGUACAAGUUGAUAUAAUGUUCGUGUUAAAACCAGGAGGCAGCAUGAAGAAAAUGGAUGGAAUCCUAGAAUUUGUGGUCAUAUUUUCAAAGGUGUAAAUCCCAAAACAUUUUGUAUGCUGAAUGUAGUUGCAUCUUGUUUGAUAACAGUUAAAAAAUAAAACGGCAUAUACGUGCUGUUUGGCUGUAUGCCUACAUUCCCACAGUUGUUUGGAAUUUAAGUCUAAUAUUGUUCAACUGUAGAAUACAAAUGCCUAUUUUUUGUGUUUACACUAUCGGUGAGGUGUGGUAAAAUGGCCCUGCAUCGCCAGCUUGUUGCACGUGCCUAUGCACGCCUGUAAUCCAGCAGUGGAGAUGAGGGGUGGUGGAUCACACACCCACUGGGCUCUGAGGUUGCCAUCUCCAUGGCCUUCCAGGGUAUAGAAGUUCAGAUAGUGGAUUCUAUUCCAUAUGCAUGGAUUUUUUGUUGGUAUUCCCGUUUCCUCACACAUGUAUAAACGCUCUUUAAACGAGUUCGCCAAACGUCCCGUGUGGGGGUACAGAGCUUUGGCCAAAUAUUGCCGCCAGCUUUGGCUGCCUUCCCACUUGUCUGUGGUUUCCUGCAUCUCUUGAAUCAUUUGGUCUUCCUCUCUGAGUGUACAAACACUGCGCUUUACAAGGCUGUGUAUUUGGUUAAGCAUUAUUCAAGUUUAUUUUGUUACACCAGGUAAAGAACUCAAUACACUAGGAUAGUACAAUUUGCAAGAGUGACCUGGGGCAUUCAGCUGCCAGUAGGGGGCGAUGAUAGCUAUGUGUAAUGCCAAUUGACAAAUUUGUGGGUAAUUAUCGGUCUACUCUUGUGAAUUACUUCACAGGCUCAUUUAGUGCCCACUGAAGCAGAUGGCAUGUUUUUUUAAUGUAUAUCCAUUACAUCAGCAGUAUUGAGGGCAGCCCCCUGGAUUCGAACCGUGAACCUGUGCGGCAGUUGGUUCUACCUAAUGACCCCUUUUGAGGUGCAAAAGUGCACUUGGUCAAAUGACCACAUCUCAUUUACUAAAUAAUGGGAAAAUAGAAUGCCACCUGCUCCAGAAAACAUUGACUAAUCCCGUAAGUAACCCACGUGUAGUUGUGUUAAGUAGAUAGGAAUGUUUUGCAUUUGUAAAAACACCAAAAGUUAAUGGCAGUACUACUGCCAGUUUCAGUCCUGGCUUUAGAAGGCAUACGUUCAAGUCCCUCCUUAUAUAAGAGUCAUGUGUUUAUCAUUAAAUGGUUACAUGAACACAAUUAUGGUAAUUGUAGCAAACAGGUUCCAGUUUGAACACACUAGGAAAAGAACAAACACAUAAUUUACACAUUAACAAAUAAUUAUCAGAAAAUAUACCUCCCCAUAUUUGUCUCGUCACAUCAGCCACAUCAGGAAUUUAAACAGCUUUGGUUCAACACAAGCACACUGAACUGGUUUUGACGUUCAGUGUUUCAUCAGCAGUCAGGCUUGCUUGAACCCAUGUUGGUGAACUGCCAAAUGUUUAUAGUCAUGGUCCCUAUCUUUUGUAGGUUCUAGUUUGAUGCAAAACUUUAUAAUACUAUAUGUAUUUACAAUGCGUUGUGAAAUCCUACUUUAAAUUCUAAAAGCAGAUUACGUUUUAGCCAAUAUUCUAGCAUUGUCUUCUUUGGUUCUUUCGGUAAAGUCACGUAGAAUGAGAUUGGAGAGUAUAUAGAGUUUAUUGAUAACAUUGAGGUAGUUUAUAUUUUGGUUUUCAUUGGUUUUACUAUAUGGUUUUCAUUAUAUAGUGUA